CUCUCAUCAUCUUCCACUCCUCUUCUCUUCUUCCUCUUCUUCAGUGUCAGCCCCGACUUUUCUCCUCCUUUCCUUCUCACCGGUCUUCCCAUCCUUUCAAUUCCCGACCUUUCUCGCUUCUCACCCAGCGCUUCUGUCUGUAUUUCAGUUUAGAAUUUGUCUUCAUACCCCCCCAACAAAAUGUCUGAGAACAAGGAAUUCACCUUCCAGGAGGUGUCUGGCCACAACACCAAGAAGGAUCUUUACAUGGUCAUCCACGACAAGGUCUACGACUGCACUUCUUUCGUCGAUGAGCACCCCGGUGGUGAGGAAGUCCUGCUCGAUGUUGGUGGCCAGGAUGCCACCGAGGCUUUCGAAGACGUUGGUCACAGUGACGAGGCUCGCGAGAUCCUGGACGGUCUCCUCGUCGGUAACCUCAAGCGCGUGGCUGGCGACCCCGCUCCCCGUUCUCACGCCCAGGCUACUACCAACGCCUCCUCCAGCUCCGGCAGCUCCACCGGUCUCGGUGUUGGCCUCUAUGCCUUCCUUGUCGUCGGUGGUGCCAUCGCCUACGGUGCUUACCAGUACUUGAACGCCGCUGCUGAAUCCCAGUAGAGAAAGAUAGAUAACGGGGAACAAGAAAAACAAAAAAUAAAAAAUAAUUAAGAACGAACUUUUCAACACGACCUUGCGUUUUUCUUAAACGUACGACCAUCUCGGUGUGCUUUCCGUUCGGCAUCGGGUGGGUUGCUUGGUGAUAUCCGCUGCAGAUACUGCUUUAAUUGUUUGUUAUCUUGGGAUUUGCGAAAUUCAAAGACCGAAGACUUUUGGAACUGUUAUGAUUAUAAUCAUUUCGUGCCUCUGCGAUGUAGUAGAAGGGGCUCCGUUUGCUUCUUUACCUUAUCGUUCAGUUUAAAUAAUAGAUCGCGCUCUAUCUUACUGGUCUGGCUUUCUUUUGUUACAUACUCGUGUGCAAAGAGCACCAUUCAAUGUCCUUAUCACGAUAGCCAUAUAGAACUAUAGUUCAAUUGUAUGUAUUACGAUGGAAUAUAAAAAAAAAAAAUAGGAAAAAAACGGCCGUAAUACUCGUUAUACACAGAAAUAGGUAUAUA